CCGCGCGCCGGCCGCAGUGGUGCAGCCCGAGGCGGAAGCGGCUCCGGGGCGGAAGCGGCUCGCGAGCGCAGCGAUGGCUGCGGGCGUCCCCUGUGCGCUCGUCGCCAGCUGCUCCUCCAGCUUCUCCGGAGACCGGCUGGUCCAGCAUAUCCUUGGAGCAGAGGAUCUUAUUGUGGAAGUGACUGCCGAUGAUGCUGUGAGGUUUUAUCCCUGGACCAUUGAUAAUAAAUACUAUUCAGCAGAUAUCAAUCUAUGUGUGGUGCCAAACAAAUAUCUCGUCACUGCAGAAAUCGCGGAGUCUGUACAAGCAUUUGUGAUUUACUUUGACAGCACACAAAAAUCUGGUCUUGAUAGUGUUUCUUCAUGGCUUCCGCUGGCAGAAGCAUGGUUACCUGAAGUCAUGAUCUUGGUCUGUGACAGAGUGUGUGAAAAUGGUGUAAACCGGCAAAAAGCUCAAGAAUGGUGUAUCAAACAUGGCUUUGAAUUGGUAGAACUUAGCCCGGAAGAGUUGCCUGAGGAGGAUGAUGACUUCCCAGAAUCUACAGGCGUAAAGCGAAUCAUUCAAGCCUUGAAUGCAAACGUGUGGUCCAAUGUAGUGAUGAAGAAUGAUAGGAACCAAGGCUUUAGCCUUCUUAGCUCAUUGGCUGGAGCAAACCAUAGCAUUGGGUCAGCAGAGACGUGUCAUUCAGAGCAGCCCCGUUUGCCAGCAGCAGCUAGGACUGAAUCUCUCUUGGAGCAUCGGGGUGGUGCAUCUAACACAACAGACGCUCAGCCUGAUAGCAUCGUGGAUCCCAUGUUAGAUCUGGAUAUUCAAGAAUUAGCCAGCCUUACUACUGGUGGAGGAGAUUUGGAGAAUUUUGAAAGACUCUUUUCAAAGUUAAAGGAAAUGAAAGACAAGGCUGCGACGCUUCCUCACGAGCAAAGAAAGUUGCAUGCAGAAAAGGUGGCCAAAGCCUUCUGGAUGGCAAUUGGGGGAGACAGAGAUGAAAUUGAAGGCCUUUCAUCUGAUGAAGAACACUAAAUUAUUCGUGCUAGGGUCUGUCUGAGAUACUUCCCUGCUCCACCCAGUUCUAUUUUGCUGAACUUCCCAUCACCAUGUUGGCCACCUGACUUAGUUCUAGGGCCCCCUUACUUUUAGUUUUUAAUAGAAGAUAGUAGGGCUUUUCUCCCUUGGUAUAUUUUAAGGGAGUGAGGAGUAUAACGACAACAAGGAGUGAGGGUUUUUCAAAUACACCAUUUCUAGGAACAGGAGUGAAAUGAGGCUCAGCAGCCUGUGUGAUUUGCCCAAGUUGAAAGAGAAGGCCACCACGCCAUUCCCGGUCCACCUUUUAUGUAAAUGUCCUCUGCAGUUACACUCGAUUACUGCAGAUCAGGAGCUGGUGCUACCUUUCCUAGGACUUCUGGACUUUCUGCUUUCAGGGAGCUUGCUGCUCUGAGCUUUGAUGCUUUCGAUGGCAGGAAAGGGUGCAGCUGCUGAUUUGAUUUGUGCUGUAGUCGAGAUGGGGCCAGAGUCAGUGGACCUCAGGUUAGUCUCUAGCUAAAAAAUGCCUCUGGACAUUUCAUCUGAAAUAGAGGGUCUCAGCUCACACUAGACACUAGAAAUUACUGAGAAACGAGUGUGAAUUUUUAGACAAUGAUAGAGGAAGCAAAGGUGUCCUUCUCUGGUAGAGAAAACAAACCCAUCUACCUUGCUGGGUUGCUGUUGUGGGGGUACAGGCAGGGGUUUUUGUUUAAAAGAGAGAAGGGAACUUCAGGAAUUCCCGGUUCUGGGCCAUUGAAGCAGUAUAUGAUCGUAUCCAGAGGCUUUUGCAUUAGUCUCGCCAGGAAGAAACUGUUCUUCCUUAGAACUCUUGAGAUGUCAGAGCUCUGCCAUCACACUUUAUACCCCCAAAACAAGGCAGUUUCCCGCCUCUCUGUCUCUGAGAGCCAAACAGAUCACUGCCAAAAUAGUCAUACUGCAGUGUGGGUGAGCCAGGAAAGGAUGUGAAAGGUUAGGCAGUGAAGCUCUGAGGACCUAUGUUACUUCCAGGGCUGGGGGGACGAGUGGGGGCAGCCCGAGGGGAACUAAUUGCCAGAGGGAACGUUUCCAAAGGAAGGGUGGGAAAUAGAGCAAAUUUAAAAAAAUCCCUAUUUCUGUGUUUGUAGAUACUUGGUAAUGCAUGCCAUUAACCUUCCCUGUGGUAGUCCCUGCCACGGUUCUAGACUAGUGCCCCAUGGCUCUAGACUGACUGGGAUGGUGCUGGCUAAGAACUGAUCCUGGCCUACUAUGGACUGUGAACUCCUUAGGUUACCAGCAGAAACAAGUUUCAUCCUCCCCCUCCCCCGGUGCACCGCCUUCUAAGCACUACAGAAAGAAUGGCAGGAAGAGUGGAAUGCCUCAGGUUCUGGACCAGGGCAGCUACCAGGAGGGAAGGUUUCAGUGAUUGGAGCAUUCAGGAAGAGCUGUCAUCACAGGCAACAUUGGCAGUUACCUUGCUUGGUGACUCUUUUUUUCCCCCUUCCUUUUCUUUUUUCCCCUCUCUUAACUAUUGUAAAGGUCUUUGAGACCAUAGUUGAUCGCCAAUUCCAUCAUUGUUUCUUUGAGGUGACAUUAAGCUAUUGAUUAAGAAUGUAAGGGAAGUUGGCUCUGGGAUUGCAAAAUGAAAGACAAUGUUCUUCUCAAAACAUAAAGGGUUCCAAAAAAUACAUCAGGUCACAUGGUUAGGAAAGACAGAUUAGAAAAAGCUAUGAAUGUGAUUUUGUGGAUUGAACAAAGCCAGGUGAUUAAAAAAUGAUUUAUUUAUAAAGUCUA